ACUUACUAUGUUGUAAUCUAUAUUAUGACCUUUGAGGAUGAACCCUAGGUCUUGAGUGUGAGAGUACAUUCUUGGUGGGAUGAACGGCCAGAAUCGGCGAUCUUGAGGAGAGUCUCCACUCAAUCGGGGGAGUACAUCUUACUGAUGAAAAUUGAAAAGUAGUGUUUAACAUACCCUUUCUUCUCGAUAUUUACCCUAUUUUCUCUUCAUCUAUAGUCAUUUUAGAGUGGAUUUUAUAAUUUCGAUGCAUUAUGGAGAUAUUUCUUUAUGUUUUUUCAGCCUUUGACAUCAUAGAAGACGAGUGAACACACACAUGGAAUCGAAAGGGAUAAAAUUUCAGAGUCGAUUUUCGAGAUAAUAUGCAAAAUGGCGUUGCAAUAUAACUGGUCAAGUAGUCACGAGCACGACACGGGUUCAGAUCACCAUGCAAUAAGAAAAUAUCACAUUCUAUAGCAGGCAUAAUAUUGAAAAAAUUGGAUAAACCCAACCCAUCUUUAUGAUGGUGACUAGGUACAAAUUCAAUUUGGGUCUUCCAAUUGGUUACCCUAGGUGUCCCCUAAUCCAACAUUGACGUGGAUGAAUUUUCCGUUUGUAUUCAGUUUUUUUUGUUGCUCUUGAAUUUUGACCUUGAUUUUGACCAAUUGGAAGCCGUAAGGGGUUCAUAUAUUUGGCUUUGAAUUUCGUCCUAUAAUAAUAUGAUCACUUUCAAUGGUUUGGUUUUUGGUCGGAUGGGUGGGUGUGUGGGUUAUAACAUUGUUGCAGGGUGCUGAAGUUGUCCUGAUGUACAAAACCAUCGAGUAAUAUGGUUACUAAUGUAUUGCUUGUGUGUGUUUUAAACUAUUUUACAAUGUUUUGCUUAUGACUUAUGAUUAUCCAGGACUACCAGAAACUAGAAUGAUGGUAAGUUGUUUGAAAUCAGAGUAAGAAAAAGUUGAAUGCUCUCUCAGUAAUAAAAAUGAAAGGUAAAAGUAUUAAAUAUAAAAAGAAGAAAGAAAAUUUAUUCUAUUAGAGAAAAAAUUAGAUUAGAUACAAAACUUUUAGUGACAUUUUGAUAUAGUGACAACAUAUUGUUUGUUAUAAAAAAAGAUAGACAUCUAGUCACGAGGAAUGAUUUUUGUCACGGUUAAUACCGUCUAGAAGCAAAUUCUCUCUUUAAAUGUUUUUCUUGGAUAUGUGUUAAAAAUUUGACAUUAGUUCAAUUACACUAAACUAGAAGUUGAGUACAUAUUUAUAAGCAUAGAAAUUUCUCAUUUCUUCUACUCAAAAUAUGACUACUUCUCAUAUAAAGAAACAACAACCAAUUCCUAAACAGCUGCUAAAAAGCAAUUCAAAUCCUACUUAAGAGAAUUAAAACAAUAAAUAAUACUAAUAUUCCAAAUGAUGGUGUUAGUGUUUCACUUUGACAGUCUGUUAUGAUGACUUAUGAAUUAUGAUUAACCGAGCUCUCCUUCCCCUCAAAGCAAAAACGAAAAACAUCCUGAAAGCAAAAAAGAAAAAUAAAGUCUAAAAAAUAAAUGAUAAUAAUUCACACGAAUAAACAUAAAACUCAAAUUUCCCCCUUCCUUUUUUUUCUAAAAAAAAAAAAAAAUAUUUCCCCCUUCCUCUGCACUUCUCCCGCGAUCCUUUCCCUCAUUCAUCCUUUCUUCCUCUCUUGAUCUAUUGGUCUCUAACCAAGACGUGCAUUCCCUCAUUCUGUUCGCUCUCUCCCUCUAUCUUCGUUGUGGCUACUGGCGAUUUCUGCUCCUCUAGUGGAUCCGUAUGUGUAUCGAACAGAUCUAAGGUGCUUCCCUUUCGCUCUAGCUCUGUGCAUUUUGUUCGCGUAGUGCUGAUAGUGAUGAAUUUCGAUUGACAUGGAGAGGUCGAGUUUUGAUACUACUGUGCGGCAUUGGUGUUCGAUUUGAAUGGCGUAAUAUGGAAUCGUGGCUAGGUUUUAUAUAUGUGAAUUCUGUUGCUUCCCGGUUGAAAUUAGAGAAUGAGUGCGGAUUAAUUAGUUUGGAUUGAUCUGGCGGGACCGUGGAUCUGUUUAACACUGUGAUUUUGUGUUUCUUCCUCUCAGGAACUUGAUUUGGUCGGAGAACGAUGCUGACAAAAUUCGAAACAAAGAGUAAUCGCGUGAAGGGACUGAGUUUCCAUAAUAAGAGGCCAUGGAUCCUGGCUAGUCUUCACAGUGGUGUGAUCCAGCUAUGGGACUACCGUAUUGGCACUCUGAUUGAUCGGUUUGAUGAGCAUGAGGGCCCUGUCAGAGGUGUUCAUUUCCACAAGUCUCAGCCUCUCUUUGUAUCUGGAGGUACUCUCGUUUCAGUUGAACGUCCUUAAAUUUAUACAUUGGUUGAAGUCAUAGCGUUGCUGAAGUCUUAAAUGGGAAUAUGCAUCUGUGAUUUCUCCUCAUUGAUUGGAUUUGAAUAUCUUGUCAUUGCAUUGCAUGUAUUCUCUGUUAGUUUCAACAUAGGGGAUGUAAAUUGGUUAAUGUAGUUAUAAGCAUUGUAGGUAUGUGAGUGAUUGGCGGCAAAGUUUUGUCUGUGAAAUUCGAGAAUGAGGUUAGAUACGACGAUUUCCUCCUUCCCUAUGUAGUAGUUGUGUUCACAUAUUAUGGUUGGUGGCUUUGGAUCGCUGGAUGAAGUCCUUGAUGAUCUGCAGUGGGAGCAAUUAACUGAUCUAAAUUACCUAUGUUAAGGACUCUCCUACAUUCUUCUUUUGUUGUAUUCACAUCUAGAUUUUGUUAGGAAAUUCUACUAAAGGUGUUCUUAGUGCUUGCCUUCAUAUUUUCAUGAUGUCUCUUUCAGUCAUUGCAUGCUCUUUGCCUCUAUGGACUACGAAAAGAAGAGUAGACCCAUAAAGUUAGGCACUCGGAUAUUUUGCAGUUGUGCCAACUUGUUUCAAUGAUUGGAUUGUUUUUGCUUAAGUUCCAGUUCUUGCCCCGGAUUGUUUCUCUGACCGUUGGACAAUGCUUGGGUUUAUACAAAUUAUUCCUUUUCAGGUGAUGACUACAAGAUCAAAGUUUGGAACUAUAAGUUACAUAGGUGUCUAUUUACCCUUAUGGGCCACCUUGAUUACAUCCGCACCGUGGAGUUUCAUCAUGAGUACCCAUGGAUUGUGAGUGCAAGUGAUGAUCAGACGAUCCACAUCUGGAAUUGGCAGUCACGCACUUGCAUUUCUGUGCUGACAGGCCAUAAUCACUAUGUCAUGUGCGCUUCAUUCCAUCCUAAGGAAGAUCUUGUUGUGUCAGCUUCGCUGGACCAGACUGUUCGCGUUUGGGACACUGCUGCUCUGAGGAAAAAAACUGUAUCUCCUGCUGAUGAUAUCUUGCGUUUAAGUCAGUUGAAUGGAGAUAUCUUCGGUGGCGUUGAUGCAGUUGUUAAAUAUGUCCUAGAAGGUCACGACCGAGGGGUGAACUGGGCUGCAUUCCACCCUAAUCUUCCUUUGAUUGUCUCAGGCGCCGAUGAUCGUCAAGUAAAGUUGUGGCGGAUGAACGGUAUGUUGUGUUUCUUUCUCUCCCUCUGACAAAUGAAUGUUAUGUUGUACUGUUCUGUUGAAGCUACUUAUGAAGUACUUCAAUAUUCGUGUUUCUUUCUGCACAAUAUGAGCUGUAUAUUGUGCAGAAAGAUAGCAUGUCAAGGGGUGAUAUGGUGCAGGAAGCAAAGAGAGGUGCUGGGGGUUCAGCUGUCUUCAUUGCCCGAAACAGAUUUGCUGUGCUCGACAGAAGUAGCAAUCAGGUGUUGGUGAAGAACCUAAAAAAUGAGGUGGUAAAAAAAAGCGGCCUUCCCAUAGCUACAGAUGCAAUUUUCUACGCUGGGACUGGUAACGUGCUUUGCAGAGCUGAUGAUAAAGUGGUCAUAUUUGAUCUUCAGCAAAGACUUGUUGUUGGGGAGCUCCCUACCACUUUUGUUAAGUAUGUUGUUUGGUCUAGUGACAUGGAGACUGUUGCCUUGUUGAGCAAGCAUGCUGUUGUCAUUGCAAACAAAAGGCUUGUGCAUCAAUGCACCCUUCACGAGACAAUUCGGGUGAAGAGUGGAGCCUGGGAUGACAAUGGUGUUUUCAUAUACUCUACUCUGAAUCAUAUGAAAUACUGCCUUCCAAAUGGAGAUAGUGGCAUAAUCAAAACUCUUGAUGCCCAAAUAUACAUCACUAAGAUUGCUGGUAAUAUAGUAUUUUGUUUGGAUAAGGAUGGAAAGAAUAGCGCUAUGAUCAUUGAUGCUACAGAAUACAUGUUUAAACUUUCUCUUCUGAAGAAGAGGUAUGAUCAGGUCAUGAGCAUGAUCAGAAACUCUCAGCUUUGUGGACAGGCAAUGAUUGCUUAUCUACAGCAGAAGGGAUUCCCUGAAGUUGCCUUGCAUUUUGUCAAAGAUGAAAGAACGAGAUUCAAUUUGGCUCUUGAGAGUGGGAACAUACAAAUUGCCGUCGCAUCAGCCAAGGAAAUCAAUGAGAAAGAUCAUUGGUACAGGCUAGGAGUGGAAGCCCUUCGCCAGGGCAAUGCAGGUAUUGUUGAGUACGCAUAUCAGCGAACAAAGAAUUUUGAGAGAUUAUCUUUCUUGUAUUUGAUAACUGGAAACCUUGACAAGCUGUCGAAGAUGUUGAAAAUUGCUGAGGUCAAGAACGACGUCAUGGGCCAGUUCCACAAUGCCCUGUACUUAGGGGACAUCCAGGAGAGAGUGAAGAUACUGGAGACAACCGGUCAUAUUCCCCUGGCAUACAUCACAGCGAAGGUGCAUGGGCUGGAGGAUGUAGUUGCCCGCCUAGCAAUCGAUUUGGGAGAUAAUCUCCCAUCUCUGCCAGAUGGUAAAGUUCCAUCCCUUCUCAUGCCUCCUUCUCCCAUAUCUUGUUCUGGUGAUUGGCCUCUGCUCAGAGUUAUGAGAGGUGUAUUCGAAGGUGGCCUUGAGAAUAUGGCCAGAGGGACAGGGGAGGAAGACGAGGAAGCUGGGGAUGGUGAUUGGGGCGAGGAACUUGAAAUGGUUGACGCGGAGGACUUCCAGAAUGGUGAUGUUACUGCUGUUUUAGGGGAUGGUGAGGCAGAGGGAGACAAUGACGAGGAAGGAGGAUGGGACCUCGAGGACUUGGAUCUUCCUCAAGAGGCAGAUACCCCUAGAGCUUCUCCGACUGGUCGCUCUACAGUUUUUGUAGCGCCAACUUCAGGAAUGCCCGUGAGCCAGAUAUGGAUGCAGAAGUCAUCCCUUGCUGCCGAGCACGUGGCAGCUGGCAACUUUGACACUGCUAUGAGAUUGCUCCAUAGGCAACUUGGAAUAAAAAAUUUCUCCCCAUUGAAAGCUAUGUUCCUCGAUCUUCACUUUGGAAGCCAGUCCUAUCUACGUGCAGUUUCUGCUGCUUCUGUCAUAUCACUAGCUGUCGAACGGUGGAAUGAGUCGGCGAGCCCCAAUGUACGAGCCCCUCCAGCACUGGUAUUCAGUUUCAGUCAGCUGGAAGAGAAGCUCAAGGCUGGCUAUAAAGCCACCACGGCUGGGAAGUUCACGGAGGCUCUUAAGCUCUUCCUCAUGAUUCUUCGCACGAUCCCUCUCAUUGUUGUGGAGACAAGGAGGGAGGUCGAUGAGGUUAAAGAGUUGAUUAUCAUAGUGAAGGAAUAUGUUCAGGGGCUACAGAUGGAACUCAAGAGGAGGGAUAUGAAGAGCGACCCGGUUCGUCAGCAGGAGCUUGCUGCCUACUUCACCCAUUUCAACCUUCAAACCCCUCACUUGAGACUUGCCUUGCUGACUGCAAUGACAAUCUGCUAUAAGGCAAAGAACUUCGCUACGGCUGCUAAUCUGGCCAAGCGCCUCUUGGAGACCAAUCCGCAGGUUGAAGAUCAUGCGAGGAAGGCGAGACAAGUGCUGCAGGCUUCAGAGAGGAAUAUGAACGAUGAUACUCAACUGAGCUAUGAUUUCCGAAAUCCGUUUGUGGUGUGUGGUGCUACUUAUGUGCCGAUAUACCAAGGACAGAAGGACGGGUCUUGCCCUUAUUGCUCUGCUCGGUUUGUUCCGGCCCUAGAGGGUCAGAUAUGUGCUGUUUGUGAUCUUGCCGUUGUUGGGGCAGAUGCUUCCGGCUUGCUGUGUUCCUCUUCUCAGAUUCGAUAAUGGAAAUGCUUCAGUCCACAACAAGUACCGGUUCUCUUGAAUCGAAGAUUUGGCGGAGUACGGUAAGGUUAGCCUACAUAAUGAGCUACCGCAUCUUUUUUCCCCUUUAUACAUUUGCUUCCGUAGUUUUUUUUGGGCUUUUGUUUUUAUAUUCUUGUUGGUUUAGUUCAAAUUAUAAGAGCUUUAAAAUUGAAUGUAGUAAAAGAACCGAGAUUUUGACCCUAGGCUGUGAUGAAAUACAACAAUACUAUAUUGCACACAUGCACGUUGAAAACCCAUGCACAAGAGUUUGGUGGAUCCAACUGUAGCUGAACCAAAGUUGUCAAACCUAUAUCCAUCCGACCAUAUUCGGUCAUCUAAACGAUUGGAAUACACUCUAAUUCUAAUUAUAUGGUUCUGGAAAAAGUCAAAAUUAAGUUAAAUCAUUCAUAUUUGGGUUAAAGUAAACCAGUUAAAAUCGCGUGGUCUGACCUGCAAAAUCUAGAUUGAAAAUGUGGAUUGAUAAUUUUGUAAGAUAUAUUUCUUUGUUAAUAUAUGAGUGUAGAUUAGUGAAAUUGUUCUAAAAUAUGAUAAAUAUAUGCAUUCUAUUUUGUAUUAGAUGUUCUCAAAUAUUAUGUUAAAAUAUGAUAAAUAUAUGCAUAAUCUAUUAUAUAUUAGAUGUUCUCUCACAUAUUAUGUUAAAACUGACUUGAACAGGUUGAACAUAAUCCGACUAUUAAAUCUCAAACUAAUUGUCAAACCACCUAAUGGCAAUCCGUUGACAACCUUGAACUUAGACCUGGCCAAUCACGACCCGACUCGUUGAUCCGAACCAAACCCGCCCGAAAAAUAGAAAAUGUGUUGAAUUUUUUAUAACCCAAAACAAAUUACCCGAAUCCGAUUAGCCCGUAUUUUUUGGGUCAGGUUGGGUGGGUUGCCGGGUCGACCUGCUAGACCCGUUCAAUUCCAUAUGUCACUAGGCCUGUUAAUCGGAUCGGGUUGGCUAAUUUCGGGUUGUGGCCUUCGGUUAUGGGUUGGGUCAUGUUGAGUUGGUUGAUUUUGGGUCAAAUAUUGACCCAACCCAUUCAGUUUUGGGUCGGGUUACAGGUAAUUUCGGGUUAUGAGCGCUCUCAGAAACAAUAUAAAAAAUAUUUCAUAGUUUCUUAAUGAAAACAAAUUUUCACAUAUGCAUGACAAUAGUUUACUUAACACAUGUCAACUAACAUAUUCUCAAAUCCUCCCAUGCUAAUGAAAUGAAAUACAAAUUGCGCACAUCGUAAAAAAAAAAACAAACACAAGAGUAAUACUACUGUAAGAAACACAUGAUAUUUGAUUAUCCUUAAUCUCCAAACAUGUCAUUCAAAUCCUUGUGAAUUUUUUUAAACAUCUCACCAAUUUAUGAGUGUAUUUAUCAUUUGGGAGUGAUAUAUAUAAAAUUGAACGGGUCCAACGGGUUGAUCCGCUAACCCACCCAACCCGACCCAAAAAAUCAUGGGUUAUCGGGUUCGGGUCAUUCGGGUUUCAGUUUAUAAAAAUUACUACUUUUC